AUGCAGGAGCCCAUCGAGCUGAGGGAUCGGCAGCUGGACUCGAAGCUCGCCAGCACCAGUCAGUCCCGUGUGCAGGACGAGCAGGGGUUGGGCCGCGUGGGCAAGAAACAGAUUCUGAAGCGUCGUUUCGGGUUUCUGUCCAUCUUAGGGUUUAGUUGCACUAUCUUGGCUUCCUGGGAGGGUAUUCUUUCAACAUUCACGAUUCCGUUUGAGAAUGGCGGUCCUGCAGGGACAAUUUACAGCUUCCUCCUCGUUUGGGCGGGGACUUUCUCGACGUUCCUCACCAUGUCGGAGCUGGUUUCGAUGGCCCCGACAUCUGGUGGACAGUAUCACUGGGUGUCGAUGAUGUCUCCUAAGUGGUGUCAAAAAUAUCUCAGCUUUCUCACGGGCUGGUUAAUUGUCAUCGGUUGGCUGGGUGCGUUCGCGUCCACCUGCUAUCUCAGCGCCUCGCAGAUCCAAGGCCUGGUGGUCUUGAACCACCCUUCCUACGUCCCCACGGCCUGGCAAGCAGUGCUUCUGUUCUGGUUCAUCGUAGCUGCUGCAGUGUUCGUCAACGUGAUGGCUAGUACCAUGCUGCCGAAAUUUGAAGGUUUUGUCCUGAUCCUGCAUCUCGUCGGGUUUUUCGCAAUCGUCAUUCCCCUCUUAUAUCUGGGCAACCACAACUCAGCUUCCGAUGUGUUCGGGCAGUUCGCCAACGAUGGUGGAUUCCAGACCGAGGGAUUGUCGUUUCUGGUCGGCAUGGUCGGGAACAUGUUCGCCUUUACCGGUGCCGAUGCUGCGGUUCACAUGAGUGAAGAGAUCCACGAUGCCGAAAAGGUCGUGCCGCAAUCUAUCCUCACCUCGGUUCUCAUCAACGGCUUGUUAGGUUUCGGGAUGACCCUAUCCACUCUCUUCACCAUGACCGACGCCACAGCCGCUCUGGCGUCCCCCACCGGCUACCCAUACAUGGAGAUCUUCUGUUCAGCCACCAGCUCGAUCGGCGGAUGUACCGUGAUGUCCGCCAUCGUUCCCAUCCUAGUGAUCACUACCGCCGUAGGCUCCCUGGCAUCUUCCUCUCGCAUGGUAUGGUCCUUCGCCCGAGACCGUGGUCUCCCCGGAUGGCGCUUUCUUAGCAGAGUCAACGCCCAAGCGGUCCCCCAGUGGUCUAUCCUCGUCGUGACUAUCGCCGCCGUCCUCCUCGCCCUGAUCAUCCUCGGCUCCGCAGCCGUACUCAACGAUGUCGUCUCCCUCUGCGUCAGCGCCCUCUACACCUCCUACUUGAUAUCCGCCUUUCUGCUGAUCUGGAAGCGCUGCACGGGCGGAAUCCGCGAACAGUCCGAAAUGCCCGUCGACACACUGGUGAACACCCCCGGCGCGCCUCUCGCCUGGGGCCCGUUCCACAUCCGGGGCGCUUUGGGGCUCGCGAUCAAUGCAUUCACGGUCGUGUAUCUCACGGUCGGCGUGUUUUUCAGCUUUUGGCCCGAUGAGAUGAACCCCACGCCCAGUACGAUGAAUUGGGCGGUUGUGGGUACUGCGGGAACCAGUUUGGUUAGUACGCUGUACUAUGUCUUUUGGGCGAAGUAUGAAUAUACGGGUCCGGUGGUGGAGAUUGAUCGGGAUUGAUUGACAAGGGGUGGGUGAGAGGGAACGAGGGGGUGCGGUCGUAUUUGUUUCGGCGUCCUGAGGUUGGCGGGAUAAAUCAAGCUCCAUGCGAUGGGAAGUGCUAAUAAUUGAAAGAAUGUCAUUCGGAAGACCUCAGGAGUGCAAGACAUGGACGAACAACUGGUCAAUAGUGUCAGCUCUUGAUCUAAGCCGUUGAUCUUUCCACAUGUCAGUCCCUUCGUAUUAAUCAGUCAAGUUCCAAUCAAUGAUAUCACAAAUUGGAAGCGGAUUCCCAGAUGAAAUUCUUUCAAAGUCGGCGACAAGAUCCACAGUUUUGUACAACUCGCCCCACUGCCUAGGUACUAGACAACACCAUAAAAAUAUCUAGGACUGUCCAGACCGAGGCGCGUCUUGA